AUGGCAAAGCUCUUGAUGCAUAUGUCACCACCAUUCUUCAUUCUGCGGAGCAUCUUGCAAGAUGAGCUGAGGAACAAACCUGACAGCUUCUUUGUGCUUGGCCCUGAAGCGCCAACACCAGACGAAAAAGCAAAGCAAGGCAAACAAUGCCGCCAAGCCUUCCACGCAAAGUACCAGCUUACUGCAAAGACAUGGUCAACUUUGACACACUUGGAAGACGGUGCAAAAGUAGUUCUCUUGCUGCUGGUGGCUUAUCAGGCCAUAGUCCUGGACCUGGCUCGCCGAGAGCUGCUUUCCUAG